UUAUAGUGAAACGAUUCGGCAGAUCUUGACUGAGCCUAGCAGACGAUUCAGAACUUUAACUUGAGGAGCGUAGCGUCGCGUCGAUGAAGCAGCGGCCAAAGUUUUCUUGAAGAUUCACAGUUGUCUGACCUAAAUUGGGCCAAAAAUGUCGUCCAACACACCAACGACAGGCCCAUCCUCUGCAGGCACUAACGUGACCAGUGGUACAGACGUGGUUGGCGGGGAGGUUCGCACGGCCGGCGUAUCGCUCGCGGACUUCCUUCUGCAGCUGGAGGAUUACACACCCACUAUCCCAGAUGCUGUGACAGCAUACUACCUGAACAGAGCAGGGUUCGAAGCUUCUGACCCAAGAAUAGUACGUCUGAUCUCAUUGGCUGCUCAGAAGUUUGUUUCUGACAUCGCCAACGACGCCCUUCAGCACUGUAAGAUGAGGGGCUCAGCACAGAGCUCCAGAAAGUCUGGCAAGGAUAAGAGAUAUACACUGUCCAUGGAGGACCUGUCCCCAGCCUUGUCAGAAUACGGUAUCAACGUAAAGAAACCUCACUACUUCACAUGAUGACUGUCCAAGACUGUACAUUGAUGAACUAUAACUAGAUAUGCUUAUACAUUAUGCCAUACCUGAUAACCGGGCUGCAAUAAUGUCCGAUAUAUCAUACUCGUGUUCUGGACCAGGUGAUAAGUUGUGUUAUUACAUGAAUACAUGGGCUUCUACUGUUAUCGACAGCAGCGCACUCAAUUGUCGACAGCGGUGCACUUUGAGUUCAGUAGAAAGCAGUACCUGUAUUUUGUGUUUUAACAGACAACCAUGAAUCAAUAGAUAUACUGAGUUGACUAUUAUGUCAGUGUACCAUCUUCUGUUACUAACCUCCGGUAAUAAUAUAACCACUGGUCUAUGGCCUCGGCGCAGAUAACUGCCAUGUACAUGUACAUGUAGCUCUCUCAGUUUUUGUUUAAUGUUAUGUAGCAGGUAGGCUUCAACGACUAGUAUGUGAGAUGUAUAACUUAUAGGGAAACAGUCAAAAUCACAGUGUGUGAAGGUGCUACAUCAUACAUGUAGGUCAUGGCAAGGAGGUUUUAUGAGGUCAUGUAACCUUGUUCAUGGUAAAAUGGUAAGAAAGCUCUUCUUUUUUUUUGGACAAUUUGUGUCAAUUUAACUUUUGUCUAAAGAUAAGUGUUAGAUUUGAAAUAAAGGUGGGUUAUAAUAUAAG